AUCAGUCCGUGACUGAAUACAUCUGCCCCACGCCCCUCUAUCCCACUCCUAUACAUACAUACAUCUGUAUGUAUCUACGUCCUCAAACAUCAGAUUUAUAUUUAUAGUGUAUUAUAUACUAUUUAACUACAGUUUUGCACAGAUUGUGGGACUGGCUGAGCAACCUAGCCUCUGUGCAUGCUCUGCUUUACCCUUCUUGUCUGAAUAAAUUCAAUAAAAGUGAAAUCCCAUCUUUCUGUUCCCAGAUCUGUAUAUUUUGUCCCUUCAAAAUUACCCUCAAAAAAUGGAACUGCAUUAUCCAUUUUUUCUCCAAGAAUUAUUCAGGAAAAAUUAUUUUACUUAGGAAUUGAUUUCUGUUCCUUUUCAUUUUUUUGUGUUGAUUUUGUUCUGCGUUUCUGAUAAAAAUAAUGAAAGUGACCCAGAAUAAUUCGGAGAAAAUUUUCUGGGAUCCGAUUAGAAUUCCAUCCGGGGCACCCAUUACCAUGUCGGGCUCGCAGGGUAAAUCUUUGCCCAAGCUUAUGGUGUGGCUGAUUUUGUUCGUUUCAGCCACGUAUGUAGUGUACACAUUAAAGCUCCUUUCCUCUUCUCCGAGUUGCGAUGAAGAUAUUUUCCUCAGUCGCCACAAUAGCAUUCCCCUUCAGAAAAACGACACGGCUUCGAUAACAUCGUCGAAGAUAUCCCCUCUUCAAUUGGGCGAAGAAAACGAGGAAAAAACGGGUUUGAAACACAUGGUUUUUGGCAUUGCAGCAUCGGCCAAGCUGUGGCAAAAGCGAAAGGAGUACAUAAAGUUAUGGUGGAAGCCUGAAAGGAAAAUGAGGGGUAUUGUUUGGCUCGAUAGCCAUGUAAAAACUUACAGAAAUGAAUCAGGGAGCCUCCCACAAUUGAGAAUAUCAGGGAACACAUCGAGAUUCUCUUACAAGAACAAGCAGGGACACCGGUCCGCGAUUCGGAUCUCUCGUAUAGUAUCGGAGACUCUGAGGUUGGGGAUGGAGAAUAUAAGAUGGUUUGUAAUGGGAGAUGAUGAUACAGUGUUUGUAACAGACAAUUUGGUGAGGAUUUUGAACAAAUAUGAUCACAAUCAGUAUUAUUACAUUGGGAGUUCGAGUGAAAGUCAUUUGCAGAACAUUUAUUUUUCUUAUGGAAUGGCUUAUGGGGGUGGGGGUUUUGCUAUAAGCUACCCUUUGGCUAAAGCUCUUGAGAAAAUGCAAGAUAGGUGCAUUCAGAGGUACCCUGGAUUAUAUGGUUCUGAUGAUAGAAUGCAGGCUUGUAUGGCUGAACUCGGUGUCCCACUCAGUAAAGAACUCGGUUUUCACCAGUACGACGUGUAUGGGAACCUGUUUGGUCUUUUAGCAGCACACCCUGUCACACCACUGGUGUCUUUGCACCACCUUGAUGUGGUGGAGCCAAUCUUUCCCAAUGUUACUCGAGUCCAAGCUCUUCAGCAUUUGAAAAUUCCGAUCAGUCUUGAUUCAGCCGGUUUGAUGCAACAAUCCAUUUGCUAUGACAAAAUGAAUGGUUGGACAGUUUCCGUUUCUUGGGGGUUUGCUGUUCAAAUAUUUCGUGGGGUGCUAUCGCCUCGAGAGAUGGAGAUGCCAUCGAGGACUUUCUUGAAUUGGUACAAAAGAGGAGAUUACAAAGCAUAUGCAUUCAACACAAGGCCAGUUAUGAGAAACCCAUGUCAAAAGCCAUUCGUGUUUUACAUGUCGAAAGCAAGAAUGAAUUAUGGUACAAAUAUAACAGUGAGCGAAUACACUCGCCAUAUAGUUCCUCAUCCUAAAUGCGGAUGGAACAUGGCUAACCCGGCUGAAGUUGAUAAAGUGGAGGUUCUCAAGAAACCCGACCCGUUGCUUUGGAAUAGAUCUCCAAGGAGAAAUUGUUGCCGAGUCUUGGAAUCAAAGAAAAAAAGCAUGGUUAUAGAUGUGGGCGAAUGUAGGGAAGGUGAAAUUAGCGAAGUAUUAACAACGAAGACCUAAAUGUAAGCUCAUUCAUUUUCAC